AUGGAUUCGGCAUACGCCAAUAAAAACGAUUGCUCGUGGAUGAGUAAACUCAAAUAUUAUGCAUACUCCUCGCAUUGGGCAACAAUUGACGCACUGUUAACGGCGCUGGAAGCAAGAGACAAGAUUCUCCCAGUUUCUCUACCCGGUUUCACAGCUACAUUUGUGAUCGAGCUAUGGAAGACAGACGCUGGAGGAUUUUCCAUUAGAGCAAGAUAUCGCGAUAAUCCCGGCGAUAAGUUCAGGAAUGUCACAAGUUCUCUUCCAAACUGCAACGCAGAUUUCUGCCCAUACGAUGAAUUCAAGAAACCCGUGAAGAAAUAUUACGUAAAUGAUAUUGUUAAGUUGUGCAAUGAUGUACCGGCUGACUGGAAGUCAACCCCCAAGAAGGCACCAGAAACGACAAAACAGGUUGCUGACGAAAACAGAACGAAUCCGAAAUUGCGGGUGAAACGUGAUGUCGGGAAUGCUGGAAAGAAAACAGAAGCUCAGAAUGGCGAACAACUCAUAUUCAUACAAGCUUUCUGGCGACACGGCGAUCGAACACCCACCGGUCUGUGUCCUAAUGACAAGGCAAACGUUGAAAGCACUUGGCCUGAAGGCUUUGGUCAGCUCACUCCGGUGGGAAUGAAACAGCAGCGACGUCUUGGUUCACUGAUCUACAAAAAAUAUGUUGACGAGUUGAAGUUCGUAGAUGGAACCUAUAACGCUCAUCAGGUUUCCAUCGUUCAUUGUAUAAUCUUUCUAUAG